AUGUCUAAGAGGACGACCACGCCCUCCCUGUGUGCUUGCAGGGUGGCUGAGAAGCUGACGCGCUCCCAUCGCUUGGCUCUCCACAGCCUGGCCGCUAGCCGCCUCGAGAUCAGCGUUUGGUUGAAUGAAGCGACCUUGGAUGCCGGCCGGAGCUUUUUGGGUAUAUUUAGUCGUGCCUCGGUGCGCUUGGGGUUAGGGAAGAUGCAUGCGGCGGCUGCUUCUGGCCCGGCCUGUCUGCUAUACGCCCAGCAGGGCCUCGCUGGCCGCUCUCAUCCACACAUGGUCGUGACAAUAGGCCUAGGCGACUGCAUGUGCCCCGUCUUGCUUGCAUCCAUCGCCCCGACUUAG